AUGCGACUAAAAGAAAUUCUCAAGUACACGCCCCUGCAAUUUUUGCAAUCUGGGCCAAUCGAUAAUUUUUUACAAUAUAUAAAGGACCAGUUGGAGUUAAUACCCAUCAGUUGGUCUCCAGACGCAACCGCCACCACAAUGAAGAACUUUAUUAUCUUCCUAGCUACUGUGGCCUGUGUUGCAGCAGCACCUGGCUACUACCUGGCCCACGAACCUGAUUACGUCCACCUGCCUCUGUCCAAGUCUACAUACACCACAUCAAGCCAGACUGUGGACCAUGGCAGCACCCACGUUAUUCACCCCUUGCCAGUGGUGCACACUGCCCCACUAGUCCACAUCCCAAUGUCGUACAGCACCCAGUCCCACGAACGCACUACAUACAACGCGCCCGCCUCCAAAACAACGGCAGGACUGCUAUAUAUACCGAGCGGCGCUGAACCUUUGUUAGAUAAUUCGGUCGCUCCAAGUCGGACACAACUAGUGACAAACAGUCAACCUAUAGAAAACACCAACAACAUGCAGGGAUUCGUUGUCUUCACCGCUCUCCUGGCUUGCGCCGCUGCAGCCCCUGGUGUACUGGUAGCCCAUACUCCAGUAGUCGCCGCUGUCCACACAGCCCCUGUGGUACACGCCGCUGUACCAGUAGUGGCCGCUAAGACUACAGUCACGAAAAGCAGCCAAGUUGUCAACCACGGUACACCACUCGUCGCUGCCCCUGUUGUCGUCAAGACCGCCGUACCUGUGGUACACGCUACCCCAGUCGUCCAUGCUGCUCCAAUCGUCCACGCCCCUGUUGUUCACGCCGUCCACACACCAGUGGUGGUGAAGACAGCCCCCGCCGCUAUCACUCACAGCACCUCGAUCGUUCACCAUACACCCGUCGUUAAGGCCGUCCCUCUAGUCGCUGUUCACUAA